UUCGUUGAUUUCUAUCCACGUAAUGAUGAUACUGGAGUUACACUAAAACCUUUUCUCAAAUAGUGCGAAGCUUGCGAUCAUUGAGGAGCUGCCUGUUUUCCAUACUUAUUAUAUACAGAUAAGUCUCACAUAACCAUCAAAGAUGAUUUUUGGUUUCAAGUACACAGCUAUGACAAUAACAGGAGCAUUUCAUUUGGGCAUUGGAGCUUUGUGUUUUAUUAUUUCAAUGAUGGGAUAUUCCACAAGAGUAGUAAAAAUAAAUGGCAAGCACAAUCUGUCUCUGCUAGUUGCUACACCAGCAUGUAUUGCAAGUCUAUGGACUAUCAUGGUUGGCAUAUUUGGAAUUCUUGCUGGUCUGAAAACAAAUUCAGAAGCACAGACGAAGAGAAUGAAAGUUGCCUACAUGACCUUUGCCAUUUUGUGUGCAUGCAUCUUUUCACUUGGUGGAAUAAGUGCUUUUUCUGCCCAUGCUUCUUGGACUGUUGCAUUUGGCAGUGGCAAAAAUUAUCGUUUAUUUUAUUUUGGAUCAUUUGCUAUGUUUGUUGAAUUUGUUUUGUCUAUUGUUUCUUCAUCCAUUUGCUGCUGUUGUUCAGAAUCAAAAACCGGUGGGGUUGUCGUCAUUCAACAAAACCAGCCACGUGAAAUUGCAAACUCACCAGUGACUGCUCAUUAUCCUCCAAAUGCUGCUUAUUCAAAUGUUGCUUAUCCAAAUGUUGCAUAUCCAAAUGUUGCUUAUCCACAAAUGACUCCACAAGUGAUUAAUGAGAAAUGAAGAAAUACAUUUUUCAAAUUUUUGUUAAAUUCAAACAUUUUUUUUUUCAUAAGCAUGAUAUAUUUGGUAAAUAUUCAUUGAAAUCCAUUUACUAUAAUUACAGGACCGAUUAUUGUUAUCAGAAUUAAUAUUGUUGUUUGUUAUCAACUGGUUGUUGCUAUAGGUCAGUUAUUGUCAUCAAAUUGACCACAAUAAACAAUUCCUACAGUA